UAGUCUUAUCUGCCUCUACUAACAUUUUACUUUCGAUUCGAGUUGUUGCGCAGUUUGUAUCAUCGUUUUUAUACGAAGAGAAAGCACCUUCUUCUGCCAGAGACUGUCUUAAAACAAAGAAUCAUGAAGGAGUUGGUUUUCCUGGUCGUUGUUCUCUACGCGUCUUCUGCUGUUGUGGCUAAAACAGUCUCACCCAAGGUGCAGAUCUACAGUCGCAACCCUGGGCUGUACGGGAACAAAAACGUCCUCAUCUGCCACGUCAGCGGCUUCCACCCACCGGAGAUCAAAAUCGAUUUGCUGAAGAAUGGACAGGAAAUAAAUGAUUUCAAGCAGACUGACCUGGCCUUUGAGGAGAACUGGCACUACCACCUCACCAAGCACGCAAAUUUCACUCCAGUGGAAGGAGAGCACUACAUGUGCAGAGUGACACAUGUGGGAACGACAACACAGCAUGAAUGGGAGGCUGAUGUGUAAGACGUACACACUGUACCACAGUAAAGGUGUCUCCUGCUUGUAAAGGAUGAAGUUUGAAAUUUGCCUAUAAUGUUGAAUUUGUGAAUUUUGGCUCUCACAGAAAGUAAACAAGAACACAAAUUGGAAUUUAAAAAUGUUUUUUGAACUUUCUGAACAGAGUAAAGUAAAAUAACACCUAAGCUUAAAAGCUUAAAAGCUUAAAAGCUUAGGUGUUAUUUUGAACGUUUUGUUUUUCUUAUCUGGCCUCGGGUUAUUGUCUUGGAUCUGGUUUUUGUCAACUUGUCUUACUUUUAUGAACUGCAGGUUAGCCUAAAUCUAAAAAAACAAUCUAAACAAUCAAAAUAACAUUUACAUUUACUAUAUUAAUCACAUGUGAUCUCCUUUCUGAUGGUGUGAGGUUAGAACAGGCUAAAUCUGCAUUUUAUCUUAACUUUCAUGUUUUAUAUGUAAAGCUUCAAAGUCGAUUAAAAAAAAAAUUCUGUUUAAUAAUAACUUAGAAAUGAUGUAAAGGUGCCUAUUUCACUGGAUUUUUGCCUAUAUGAUUUAAACAAAAUAAAAUAUAAGAUGUUA